AUGGCUUUAAUUUGGUUGAUGGGCAAUAUUGGAGCGAUUUUAACUUGUAUUGUUUUUUAUCAGCCAGCAUUUUGUAAGAGUCCAUGCGCGAUGUACUUUCUCGCAUCUAGUUUCGCCCAAUUUUUCACUUAUAAUUUUGCCCUGUUCAUUCGAAUGCUUCAAUAUGGUUACAACGUAAACAUUGCCAAUAAUCUGCUUUGGUUUUGUAAACUUCGCUAUUAUCUUUUUUACAUCUGUACCGCGAAUUCUCGUUAUAAUAUCAUUAUGGCAUCAAUUGAUCGUUAUUUUGCCAGUAGUCGGAACGCUCGUCGACGGCAAUGGAGUUCAUCGAAAGUUGCAUAUCGUAUCAUUAUCAGCAUGGUGAUCUUCUGGUGUAUCAUAUACAUUCAAGUUUUUAUUUUUUAUCGAAUAGAAGACCAAGUUUGUCGUUAUCAAAACGGAGCAUAUGCAACAUAUUUUAGUAUUUACAUUUCGAUUGAUAGUGGGCUUCUUCCCAUCUUAUUAAUGUUGAUAUUUGGUUUAUUGACCGUUCGAAAUAUUCAUGAAACUAAACGACGGGUUGUCCCAGCCACUGAAAGAAACAAUGAUCGAUCAUGUGAGAAUAAUAAACUGUCAAGAAAAGACGCUCAACUUUAUAAAAUGUUGGCAAAUCAAAUUAUAAUUUUUGUAAUUUUUAAUUUUCCAAAUCCAUGUUUUCUUCUUUAUCAAUCAUCGACUAUGUACAUCGUGAAAUCAACAUUACAUGCAACUAUCGAGGUAUUUGUUAGUAAUAUGACUUAUGUUCUGAUCUAUCUCGGAUUUUCAUUGACAUUUAUUAAUUUUGCUUUAUCGUCCGAAAUAUUUCGACGAGAGUUGAGACGACUCGUUCGAACUAACAUACUUCGACGAUAA